AUGUUCAACGAUUCUUUCUUUGGGGUUUUCAACUUGGAUUCUCACGUGAAAAACGAACGGAUUUUGGUCAAUAAUGAAAAUCAGACUACAAACUCUCAAUCAGUAAACAAAAGUAAUCAAACUAGUGAAAAGGUUUCUAUCGGUGUGCAAGUUGCUGCUGAAAAAUUUAAUUACCUGAAGACGUCUUAUGAUCCAAAUAAGUUGGCAAAGUUUUUGAAUGAAAUUUGGCCGUACUUAAAAUGGGCACUUUCAGAUUCUUUUAGUUAUGGUAGAAAUAUCGUUUAUGAUAAACCGAAACCGGUUACAGAAUUUACGGAUACAUUGGAAUUCAAAAAAAUUAAAUUUAUUGGAUUUCAAGAUGCCUCAGUUUCAAAUGAAAACAAUAAAGAUUGUAUCAUCAGUAGUUUAGCUUGGAAUUCAAGCAGCAUGCUUUUAGCUGUCGGAAUGUCAAAAAGUUCUCACGAGAGCUGGUGUAAUCAUGAAAGCAUCAUAAGUGUUUACAGAACUCAUUCAUCGGAAACAAACAAUAAUCAACCAGAUUAUUUUCUUCAAACACAUUCCUGUGUGAAGCACAUAGUUUUUCAUCCAUUUAUUCCUUCUGUCAUUGCUGCAGGUUUACAAAAUGGAGAAAUUAUUAUAUGGGACAUUAACUAUAAUGAUGAAUCACAAUUGUUUAAGCUUGAAACUCAUGGAAAAAACAUAUUUCACUCUGAUGCUGUGAGGCAUUUAUAUUGGAAAACAGAUAAAGGUGGAGUGAAAUUGGUAACAGCAGGAAGGGAUGGGAAAAUAAUGUUUUGGAAAGUGGUUGUAAUGCAUUUUAGAUUUGCAAUACCUAUACAUUUAGGAGAUUCGAAAAAUGAUGUCGUUUCUGGUUUUUUGGAAGUAAACUCCAUAGAUUUUUGGCCGGAAAAAAAAUCAGACUUCAUAGUUGCUGCUGGUAAUAAUGUUAUUCACUGUUCUUCUGAAUCAGUUGCGAAUGGAAACGUUUCAUCAGAUGAUUAUAAAAAUCCGAAAAUAAUGAAUUAUAAAUCUCAUUUUGGCAUUGCAACUUGCGUCUCUUGUUUUCCCCAAACGGAUUUAUUUGCUUCCAGCGGAAGCGACUGGACAAUUCACAUAACGAGUUGGGGUUUUUCGCCAACCAUUGAAUAUCACCAAGUUAAUAUAGAAAAAUGUAAACUCAUACUGACGACCGCCUCUCAUUUUAAAGAAAAUGUAUUUUCAGUUGCUUUUAAUUUAAAAGGGUACAAAAAAGUUGCAGUCAGCGAUAAAUUGGGAUUUAUGAUAUUAAACAUUGAUAUUAACAAUUAA